CGUAUGACCUGCCUCUGGCCUUGGUGUGUGGCGCGGUGCUGCUAGUUGUCAGUGUAAGCUGGCUCUAACGCUUUGGUUAGCUAACACAAGCUAGUGUUCCUGUCCGACUAGUCGGCUAGUAAACUGGGAACCGUUACGGCGGAGCUGAGCCACGAUGCUGACAUGUAGAACUGUAUGGAAAAAGCUUGCACCUCUUGCCAGGGCUUCAUCAACUGUGUGCCGGCAGAAUGUGAGAAGAGCAGGGUUAACCAAUGGCAGAAUACCAGCACAAACACCUGCAGCUCACAUGUCCACCGGGCCGACGGGGGGAGGUGGCGACAAUCACCUGUACGUCCUUCUGGUUGGAACAGUGGCCCUCGGUGGUGGAGUAUAUAUGUACCAAACUCUCAAAGGAGACCAAAAGAGAUAUCAGGCGCGUAUUGAUGAAAUUGCAUCCAGACAACAGAAACCCACCACAGAAGACCAGGCCACACCCAUCCAAUCAGAGCCUCCUGCUGUGGAAGCCGCUGACACAGAGGCCGUCCCUCAGCCAGAACCUCAGGCAGCACCUUCACCAGAGGAGCCAAGCCCUCCGGCCCCAGAUGCUGAAGUGGUGGCCCCCAGUGAAACAACUGAACCGCCUGCAGCAGAUGAGCCAGUGGUAGAAGCACCUCCAGAAGAGGCAGCAGAACCACCUGCUGCUCCUGUAGUUGAGGAGGAGGCAGAACCAUCACCCCCAGCUGAGCCAUGCCCAGCUGAGCUCACAGAGCCGCCCCCUGCACCCGUUGUGGAGAGUGAGCCUACAGCGGCAGCAGAAAGCCCUGCAGCAGAGCCAGCCGAGCCUCAGCCUGAAGUUGUGGCAGAGAGUGGAGUGGACUCCACACCUGCUUCUCUCAAGGUCCCCUCACACAUCCCGUACCUCCUUAUUGGUGGAGGCACCGCCUCCUUUGCUGCUGCCCGCUCUAUUCGAGCCAGAGACCCCGGUGCCAGGGUAUUGAUAGUGACUGACGAGCCAGACCUUCCAUAUAUGCGACCACCUCUUUCUAAGGAACUGUGGUUCUCUGAUGACCCCAGUGUGACAGAAACUCUGCGUUUCAAACAGUGGAAUGGAAAGGAAAGAAGUAUCUACUUCCAGCCAGGAUCAUUCUACAUCACUCCAGAAGAACUGAACACUGCAGAAAAUGGGGGAGUGGGGGUUCUCACUAGCAAAAGGGUGGUUCACAUGGAUGUCAGAGGCAACAAAGUGAAACUGGAUGAUGAUACAGAGAUUUCCUAUGACAAGUGUUUGAUUGCUACAGGCGGAGUGCCAAGAAAUCUGCAGGUCAUCGAAAGAGCAGGAGAGGAGGUGAUGCUGAAGACAACUUUGUUCCGCAAGAUCGAGGACUUCAGAUCAUUGGAUAAGGUCUCCAGAAACAUCAAGUCCAUCACAAUCAUUGGAGGCGGCUUCUUGGGCAGCGAGCUGGCCUGUGCCCUCGGCAGGAGAUCAAAUGAGUCUGGCCUGGAGGUGAUUCAGAUGUACCCUGAGAAGGGCAACAUGGGAAAAGUGCUGCCAGAGUAUCUGAGCAAUUGGACAACAGAGAAAGUCAAGAAAGAGGGUGUGAAAAUCAUCUCAGAAGCUUUGGUGAAAUCUGUCAUCUGCAAAGAUGAUAAGUUAGAAAUCCAGCUGAAGGAUGGUCGAUUGGUGAAAACUGAUCACAUUGUUGCAGCCGUUGGCCUGGAGCCAAAUGUUGAUCUUGCUAAGUCAGCAGGUCUGGAGGUGGACUCUGACUUUGGUGGCUAUCGGGUCAAUGCAGAACUGCAAGCAAGAUCCAAUAUUUGGGUGGCAGGAGAUGCUGCGUGUUUCUAUGACAUCAGGCUGGGCCGCAGGCGAGUGGAGCACCACGAUCACGCCGUCGUGAGUGGAAGACUAGCAGGAGAGAACAUGACGGGAGCCAACAAACCCUACUGGCAUCAGUCGAUGUUCUGGAGUGACCUGGGACCAGAUGUAGGCUACGAGGCGAUUGGGAUUGUUGACAGCAGCCUACCAACAGUAGGAGUGUUUGCCAAAGCCACUGCCAAGGACACGCCUAAAGCUGCCACAGAGAAGUCAGGAACUGGGAUCCGCUCAGAAAGUGAAACAGAAGAUACAGCCACCAGCCCAGUGGCCUCUUCAUCACCUGCUCCCGCUAUGGUGGAGCACAAAGAUGACUAUGGAAAAGGAGUCAUCUUCUACCUGAGAGACAAAGUGGUGGUGGGCAUCAUCCUGUGGAACGUGUUCAACAGGAUGCCCAUCGCAAGGAAGAUUAUCAAGGAUGGAGAGGAGCACGCAGAUCUGAACGAAGUGGCCAAGCUGUUCAACAUCCAUGAGGAUUAAGACGGAGGAGGCUGAUGUUCACGGAUGGGAGGGGAGUUACGCUUCAUGUUAAAACUGAACUUUGACAUGGCCACACUCUUGAAGACACAGCUGAUCAGACAUGCAAAAUGGGAGAAUUAAUGUAAAUUAUGUCAUGUCGCUGAAAUAUUUUCAUAUUUGGAAUUUCUAUCUGCACCUGUUUUGUUGUUGUUUUUUUUUGUCACUGUCUCAUCUCCUCAUCUUCCACCAAACUCAUGUUUGCUCAUGUUUUUUAAAAUCCUGGUCAAGAUGUGAUCGUCCCUGUCUGCUAUUUCCCACCAGGCUGAAGAUGUUGAGCAUGGAUUAUUGUUUUCCACUGUGUGAUCAGAGCAACUUGUCGCGAGAGAAGCUGCAAUAAAAGCUAUUUUUAAAUCGGA